CACAUAUCAAAUUCCUUUGCCUUGCUUAAAACUUCAUUGUUUCGACUUUUUGUUUUUUUAAAUUAAAGGAGUUUUAGCUUCGUAUCAAAAUUUUUGUAAAGUUUCCAUCAUGACCACAUUUUUCCACUAUCCCAAUAAGGAACUGCAGGAGGAGUUAAUAUGUAUAGCUAGAGCGUUGGUGACUCCUGGUAAGGGUAUUCUUACAGUCGAUGAAUCUACUGCCGUUUGUGGCAGAUACCUGCAGUCAAUUGGCCUGGAGAAUACCGAAGAAAAUCGGCGUAACUAUCGUCAGCUAUUGUUUACCUCCGAAGCAAAGAUAGCGGAAAAUAUCUCGGGGGUUUUGUUAUUCCAUGAGACUCUGUAUCAGAAGACCGACGAUGGAGUACCUUUCGUAGAGGUUUUACGCAAGAAAGGCAUCAUUCCUGGCAUUAAAGUGGACAAGAGCUGUGUGCCAUUAUUUGGCUCAGAGGAUGAGUAUACCACCCAGGGAUUAGAUGACCUGGCUACACGUUGUGCCCAAUACAAGAAAGAGGGUUGCGAUUUUGCCAAAUGGCGCUGUGCGUUGAGGAUAAGCAAAAAUACUCCCUCACAUCAGGCCAUUAUUGAGAAUGCAAAUGUUUUGGCUCGUUAUGCAUCGAUUUGUCAAUCGCAACGUUUGGUUCCCAUUAUUGAAGUAGAGAUUAUACCCAAUGGCGAUCACGAUAUGGAUCGAGCUCAGAAAGUGAUGGAAACUGUACUCUCGGCUCUCUAUAAGUCUCUUCAUGACCAUCACAUCUUCUUGGAGGGCACUCUACUGAGGCCCAAUAUGGUAACGGCUGGCAAAGAUAGCAACAAGACGAAUAUACCACAGGAAAUUGCCAUGGCCACGGUGCUGGCAAUACGUCGAACUGUUCCACCUGCCGUACCGGGUGUGAUGUUCUUGUCCGGUGGAAUGUCCGAAGAGGAGUCAUCUGUAAAUUUACAUGCCAUCAAUAAUGUGCCACUUUGUAAGCCUUGGGCUUUGAGUUUUGCAUUUGGGCGUUCCAUGCAGGCUUCUGUCCUCAAAUGCUGGAGUGGGCGUAAGGAUAAUGUUCAGAAUGCCCAAAUCGAGUUGAUUAAACGUGCCAAGGCCAAUAGUUUAGCUAGCAUUGGUAAAUAUGUUGCUGGAUCUGUGGAAAGCGUUGCGGCCAAUGAGAAACUAUUUGCUGAGUCAAUUGACUAUUGACGAAACAUACGUUUCCCCUAUAAAUAUUGCAAAAAUAUUUAUAUAAAUAAAAAUAAGUAUAAUAUAAAAAAAGAAGUGAAUAAUGACUUCUGGUGGCUGACACUUGGCCGCAGGCCGCAUGUUCGAUAGCUCAGCUCGAAAUAUUGUUAACAAGCGUGCAAAAGAGCAAACGGCAACAACACGACAUUUGGGUAACUUGCCCGGGUGUCGCAUUAAUCCGCGGAGAUUACCAGAUCCAGCCAAGACCAACACGCAGCCCCAUAGCCAGCACCAUGAGCGUCAUCAGCCCCAGCACCAACGGCAGGCGGUAGAGGGAACAGUACUUGCAGUGCUGCUUAAUUAAGCCAAACGCAUGCCAAAAACCAAACGACGAGACCAAGACCAGGCCGAAUCGAGUCGAGUUGACUCAAGUCGAGUGUUUCGACUUAAUCAACUGGGCUCACUGUAUCUUGACUCGAGCGUCAGUGUCAUGUUGUUGGCAAAUUAGUCAGGAGUCGGAGUGAACAGAGGAUGUUUGUUGUAUGUUCAUACAAAUAUACUAUAUAUACAUACAUACAUAUGUAUAUAUGUGCUUUAUAUGGCUGUGCCACACGCACAAAUCGCAAUAAUUAAAAUUAAACCAGGGACUAAGUUAUGGCCUCUAAGCAAGAAGAGAAAAUCCAUUUGGCUCACGGUUGUCACUUGCUUUGCCGAAUACGUUAAAAAGGAACUACAUCCAAAAAACCAUCCAAUUUUAGUUAUUUCAAAGAGAAAAACAGUAGGAAAGAAUUAGGCAAACUAACUAGCUCACUCAUAAGUAAAGCUUAAAUAUUUUGAAACUAAUUUAUGGAAACUAAAACCUUUAUUUCCUUUCUUUUGUCAUGAAAAGGACAUCUAAUUAAAAUGUUUUCAUUGUCAUGAUUUAGGGUA